GUAUUCCAUUCGCAUUCGCGCAAAAUAGGAACAUAUUCAAAUAUUUAGUGUAUACAUAAACAAAGUAAGAAAGGUUGAAAAAUUGCAACAUGGCUAAUUCUAAUGAGUCUGUCCAACCACUUGCCAAAGUACAAAAACUCUCAGAUACCUUGUCAGACGAUGUCAAUGACGUAGAACAAAGCCUUGAUUUUUAUAGACAAAAAGCACUGGAAGAUAUUGAUGGUUGUCAGAACGAAAUCGAUGCCCUGAAUGAGAAGGCUAGCGAAGAAAUUCUUCAAGUAGAGCAAAAAUAUAACAAGCUAAGGAAACCACAUUAUGAGAAAAGGAAUGAGCUAAUAAAGAACAUACCAAAUUUUUGGGUUACAGCAUUUGUAAAUCAUCCACAGAUUUCUGCUGUACUAGAAGACGUAGAAGAAGAUUGCCUCCAUUAUUUAAGCAAAUUAGAAGUAGAAGAAUUUGAGGAUAUCAAAUCAGGAUAUAAAAUCAGUUUUAUCUUUGCUUCAAAUCCAUACUUCAGUAACACAGUUCUUGUGAAGGAAUUCCACUUAGCCACAACAGGUGAUCCAGCUUCAAAAUCUAGUAAAAUUGAGUGGAAAAAUGGAAUGGACAUAUCAGCAAAAAUAUUACAAAAUGGAAACAAUCGGAAAAGAAAACGAGGUCAGAGUCGAAGCUUUUUCCAGUGGUUUGAAGACAAUACUGAUCCCUCAGCUGAUGACAUAGCAGAAGUGGUCAAAGAUGAUAUGUGGCCCAAUCCAUUACAAUACUAUUUAGCAUCAGACAUUGAAGUAGAAAAUGGAAUCAGUGAUGAUGAUGAUGAUGACAUGGAUGACUCUGUGGUUGUAUUAGAUGAAGAUGAUGAUGAGGAGGAUGAAGAUGUGGACCAAGAAGAUGAAGUUUAUGAGGUGCUAGAUGAUGACGAUGAAGAUGAUGAAGAAGUGAAUGAAUCUAUUGAUGAUGAUGAUGUGGAGGUGUUAGAUGACAUUGAAGAAGAAAUAGGAGAUGAUGAUGUAGAGGAAGUUCAUUUAGAUGAAUCAGAAGAUAAAGAUGAUGAUAUAUUAGAUAAUUCAGGUGCUGAAGGAGACAGUAAUGGACUCAUAGAAAUUAAACCGAAUGAAUCUGAAAAACCUACCGAAAGCAAACCUAAUCAAUCGGAAAAUGUGACGGGUGAAAAUUCUAAUAAAAAAGACACAUCUGUAGAGGAAUCAAAUAAAAAAACAGAGGAAAAGACACAAAAUGAAAGUGAAUCAAAAACAGAAUAGCUGAUUGUUUUUAUUGUUUUUUUUUUGUACUUUAUUUGUUUCAUUUCAUUCAUAACUUACAUACUUACAUCAGAUUUCUCAUGGAAGGUUUCACCUACUAAAUAUUUGUCUAUAUUUCCUCAAAAAAUAUUAUUUGAUGCAAGCUUAAGUUACAGUGAUAUAACUAUAUAGGUGUAUCAUCUAAUUCUAUUCUCUGAUGUGUAAAUAUUUAUGUACAUAACUUUUUGAUAUAUGAACAGAAAAAAACCAUUACAUACAACAAAUGUGGUUUCUGCCUAAUUGCAGAUAUUUUUAAAGCAAGUUCUAGUAUAUGAAAUUUAAAACUGUUAGGAAAGUAAACUUAUUUAAAUUGAGAUGGAAUAUCGAAAAAAUCUAAAAUUCCCAAUUUUUAACAUUCAAAGUAUCUGAACCCCAGGGGGGGAUUAAAAAUUGAUCUAUUCUGAUAUCCCAUUAGAAUUGAUAAUACAUUAAUUCAGAAAUAGUAAUUAUCAGACAUUUGAUUACAAUGAUUCUGAUUGGUUGCUCUCAUAAAAGAAGUGAUAUUUAUCACAAGGAAAUUCUUUUUACGCAAAAAUAACUGGACAACAUUUUUUAUGCUAGCCCGUCUUGCUUUUCAUAAACAAAAAUUACUAAUCCGAUAGUAAGAAACACUUGACACAGGCACCAGUCUAGUGCUUUUUUCAACCCUUGCAAAUAAGUCAUACUAUGGUCUUUGGCACAUAAGGUGUCUUUCAAGGUCACAUUGUCGUGAUAUUAAUUUUAGAAUCAUGAAGUAGAUGACAGUUUUUUGACUUAUUCAAGCAGCAUUUCAUCAGUAAUUGUCUUUUUAAUUUUCUUCUUUCACAAAUUUUUACCAAAAUGGUCACAUUUUGUGAGUUUUGUGAUUGAUGUCAUCAUUACAGAAACCAUGCCAACAGUUUCAUCAAUUUUUAAGAAAUAGUGGCUUAUUUGUCAUCAAUUUAACAUACAUUAACGUAAAGUAUAUGCUCAGAAAGUAUAUUUUAAUAUAUGUAAGUAUCCUUUCUUUUAGUUUUUCAAAUAUAUUUUUAAUGUACAAAGAUUGUUUUCUGGAUUUUCCUGGUUAUAAGUCUGAAAAACAAAAAAAUGUGAAUGUUCGUUGCCUGACAAAGCAACAUUUAUAGGCAUUUAAAACUUGUCCAGACUUUCAAUUAGGAUCUUGACAUAUGUCAAUUUAGUCUACAGCUAGUUGUCCCUCCCAAGAUUUUGUGUUGCUAUUUCAUUGACCUACAUCUGUAUUUCAUAGUAUAAUACUGUAAAGUGCAACUAUUAUUGAUUCAUUUAUUUUCAUGAAUUGGGGAAAAAUUAUAUUUUGUGGAUAUUUGAUUUCAUGGUUUUACCAAAGUCUGCAUUCAAGCCUAUUGAAAAUUUGUGAUUCGUUGAACAUUUAAAUUUGUGGUUUACCUGUACCCAUGAAAUCCACAAAAUUUGGUAUCCCAUGAAUAAUAAUGAAUCUACACUGUAAUAAAAUGUACUUGAUUGAAUAUAUUAGAACUAAAAAGGCUAAGAAAGGUGAAAACUGGUAUUGUUUCUUCUUGAAGAGGACGUGCAGUACUGUUUAAAUUUAGCUUAAAAUUAAGAAAUGUUGAUAAUUAAAGGAUGUAGGAAUACCAAUGUUACAGUAUGUACUGACUCUGAUUAUCUUUUCCUAAUUUACCGAUUACUCUAAACAUGUAAAUACAUGUACGAAGAAAAGUCUUAAUUUGCAUGUCUAGCCUAUAACAAAAAUUCACAAAGGUAAGAAAUAGCUAUAAAGGAUUUUUUCAUCGGCAUUAUGAAGAUGUAGAUACAGUCUGUGGUUGAAGUUUUUUUAAACUUGAAAAACUUGCACAGAAGAUUUUUGUUAUCAAGAGAUGGCGCCCGGAGGAAAACUUAGAUUUUUUUCCUUAUUCAUUUAACUGAGAAACAGGGUUCCUCAAAAACCCUUUACUAAUUUUUAUUGUAUUUAUCCAAUUUGAAGAUUUAAUUCCUGGUUUUGAAAUGGCAGCAAUGUAAUUAUAAUUGUAAUUAUAAAAUUAGAUCAAACAUG